CGCUUUCGAUAGUUGCACCCGGAACUAUUUCUCUGGUACUCCACCAUGGCCGCCGUGAUGAAGGCACAUGUUGACGUCCUGGUAGAAAAUGAUGAUACAGGCUCUGCUUUGGAGGACACAAAUGAGCUGAGGAACUCAGAAGGAGAAAGUGAUGAACAAGUGUCAGCUAAUGAAGAAUCUGACGAAGGGAGUAACGUGGAGAAUGAAGAUGGAGGCCUGGGUGAUGAUGAUGAUGAUGACGACGAUGGUGGUGGUGGUGGUGAAGAUCAAGGCAAUGCUAACGCUGGCUGGGCACAGGCCAUGGCCCAAAUCUUGGGUAAAAAACCCAAGAAUAAAACCACCAUUUUGGCAAAUAACAGUGAACUAAAAAAAGCAAAGGCAAAAGAAAAAUUGGAACAGCAGCAGAGAAGAAAACAGAUUGACAAAAAGCGAGCGUGGGAGAUGAUGUGCAGAGUGAAACCGGACAUUGUACUGGACCGUGAGGCUGAAAGGGCUCUGCAGAGAACUGCAACCAGAGGAGUCGUGCAGCUAUUUAACGCUGUGAGGAGUCACCAGAAGAACAUUGAUGACAAAGUGAAGAAAGAGGCUGGUGGCUCAGAGAGGAAGAAGGCCAAAAUACUUUCCUCUGUUUCCAAAAAAGACUUCAUCGAUGUACUGAGGCGAACAGACGGUGGCAGCAGCGUCAAAGUCAAGGAAGAAAAGAUCGAUACUCAGGUGGAUGAGAAACCUGCAUGGAGUGUCCUCAGAGACGACUACAUGAUGGGGGCCACUAUGAAAGACUGGGACAAACAGAGCGACCAAGAGGAGACUGGAGGGAAAGGUUCAGAUGAAAAUGAUUCAGACUGACACCAUACAUGGAGACUUCAGUGACUUUUUUCGCAACAUUGUUGACUGAAAACACAAAUGACACAACACAUCCAGAGGACUGUAAAGUCACUGGCCUGCAGGGGGCAGACUUGGUUCUGUUAAAGAAAAAAAUGGGAUGAUCUCAUCAGACUAAGGCCUAUUCUAAAAAGAUGAACCAUCCAUCCAUCCAUUUUCUACCGCUUAUUCCCUUUUGGGAAUAAAACGAAUAAAAAUGAAAUAAUGAAAAACAUAGAUAAGAUGUGAAAAAUGAUAAGGUUUUUAAAAAAGGUAACCUUUUUGUACCAGUUAAGAACUACAGUUUCCAAGUACACCGUUCUGUCAGUGCUUCAGUUUGUGACCAGGUUGUGUACAAAAUGUUAUGUAAAUAUCACUGUUUUGUACAGUAUGGAUUUAAUAAAAAGCGGUGUUUUGCCGGCCUGUACUCUCA